AUGUCCACGCGUUCUCCGGAACAGACAGCCGCCAAAGAUUGUCCAACGUGUCAACGGCGACGGAUCAAGUGUGAUCGGGGUCUCCCCACGUGCCGCAAAUGCGGCAAACGCAAUCUUGAAUGCCCAGGAUACGGGCUAAGACUCAAAUGGGUCCAGGGUGUCGCCAGUCGCGGGAAUCUGCGCGGCCGUGCAAUUCCCGCCUCGACUUCGCCACCCGAAGGGCGGAGAGAUUCAAAUGCCUUGACGACGGGAACCAGACCGCCUGUGCGGUUUCCCUCCAUGUUUCCAACUCCCACUUCAGAGCUGGGCUUGCAGGCUCGCCCGGUGCAUGAAUCGCGAUUGCUAUCGUGGUUUAAUGAGCGAGUUGCGCAUCGGCUGGCAUGGGUUCCCCAACAGAAUGCAUGGAGACAUAUGAUUCUCCCUAUGGCCGAAAGCUCGGAAACAGUCAUGUCUUCCAUUAUGGCUAUCGCCGCCCAUGAUCUGGCUACCGAGUAUGCUCCCACAGACCCGGGCCAUGGGACAUUCCAACAAAUGUCCAAGAACUAUCAGAAUAAAUCCCUUGCGCUAUUAGCCCAAGAGCUAAAUGGUCUUUCCAUUUCUCCUGCCACACCACUGGAAACCAGCACCACGUCAGCAUACACCCUGGCUGCGGUCAUCAUUCUCUGCAACAACGAAUUCAUGAAACCCCAAAGUGCUGGUUGGCGAGUCCACCUGUCAGCCGCGCGGGAAAUCAUUCUAGCAGCACAGGGUCGCCCAUACCGGGCCCAUCAGCUAGCCUGUAUCGAAGAUUUCUUGAUGUUAGAAUUCUACGAAGCCUCCGUAUGGGCUGAUCUGACGACUUUCCAAAACUACAAUGACACACCCCGGAUUCCUCCGACUUGUGCCGAGAAUGCAGUUUUCACAGACUACAUCCGCAUCAUCGAUCAAAUUACCCGACUCGAGCGUCUCAAAUCUCGUCCAACGCCUGUCGAGCAGCCCCCGUCUAAGUACGGCCCCAUCCAGGAUAUCCACUCGCAGAUCGAUGCGGCGAGGGAUAACAUGAUGCAGCUAAGCGCAGCUCUGCACUUCCCAUCUGAGGAUGAUAAACGCGGCUUCGAAUUGGUUAUUUGGAUGUAUUACCACGCAACCAUUAUUUACAGCUACCAGGCCCUUGGGGAGGAUGCUGCUACAUACGAUAUCAGCACUUCGCGUGAUGAGAUCUUACGCUGGGUGCCAUUUUUGUCUGAGACACGAGAUGGAAUGUUUGCACAGGAUCUUGUCUGGCCGCUUUUCACUGCUGGAUCAGAACUGCGUGGUGAUCUGGCUAGCCAACAAGUUAUCAGAGAAUGUUUUGGUAAUGUGAUGCGCAUCAGUCGCAUUCUGGACCGUGCGCGUGUCCUGGCUUUCCUGGAGAGGUGGUGGAGAGAGCCGGUGGCAUAUACAUCUUGGAUUGACAUGGCUCGAAAGCAGUCUUCAGAUCCACAGUACGACAUCUUGGUUGUAUGA